UAUUUUUGGUAUUAUUAAAUAAAGGCAGAUCCUGGUUAAAGCCAAGAAAGCAAUGAGAGAUUAGUGCAUUUCGCCUUUUAUCGAUUCGUCAAAAAAACAACUCUUGAUGCGUACAGUUAAGCAAAUUCGUUGGCUGUCGCGUAAUUGCAUGAGGGAAGAUCCUGAUAUAGGGGUUGUAGGUUUACCUGGGAAAUAAAUUGAUAUCCUGGUGUGUACGAGAAAAACAUGGCAGAACUGCACAUUGUGGAGUCUGGAACUGGUACUAUAGAGCACACGGAACCGAGAGAGAUCCGCAACACCGUCCGACUUUCUUCCCCGACUCUCAUGAUCCCCGCACGGAGCGGUCUGUCAAGUCCAGGAGUUUCGACCCGGUCCAGUUUCGGCUUUCCAUUCAAAAGCAACCCGAGCUCUCCCGAAAAGCCCGGGUCCAAGUGGGUUCGUCUAAACGUUGGCGGCACCUACUUCGUCACCACCAAACAGACUUUAUGCAGAGAGCCCAAAUCGUUUCUUUCCCGCUUGUGCCAGGAGGACCCAGAUCUCGACUCUGACAAGGAUGAGACAGGUGCCUAUCUGAUCGACAGAGACCCCACCUAUUUUGGACCAAUCCUGAAUUACCUGCGGCAUGGCAAGCUGAUCAUCAACAAAGACCUGGCAGAAGAAGGGGUCUUAGAGGAAGCUGAGUUCUAUAACAUUGCUUCACUGGUGCGACUGGUCAAGGAGAGAAUACGAGACAACGAGAACCGCACAUCACAGGGUCCAGUGAAGCAUGUGUAUCGGGUGCUGCAGUGCCAGGAAGAGGAACUCACUCAAAUGGUCUCCACCAUGUCUGACGGGUGGAAGUUUGAGCAGCUCAUUAGUAUUGGAUCUUCCUAUAACUAUGGUAAUGAGGACCAGGCAGAGUUCCUGUGUGUAGUCUCUCGAGAGCUCAAUAACUCCACCAAUGGCAUUGUCAUUGAGCCCAGCGAGAAAGCCAAGAUACUUCAGGAACGAGGAUCCAGAAUGUGAGUUCCUUUGAAGACAUACUAAGAAAAAAGACGCCGACAAAGAUGUCAGAGAUGUCCUUUCAACCUGUCUAAGUCUCACUGAGCUCUGCAGGAUAUCCCACACACUCCCUGCGUGGAGGGGUGGAGGUGAGGGUGCUGGAGAAGGGGGUCUCUGCUCAGAUGUGGGGUUCCAGUCACCGCUGCCCUCCCUUCAACUUGGGGAUGAUCACUGUCAUGAGCUUUCCUAUAGACACAGAAGGACAGUCACUUCAAUUUAAGUGAAACUACCACCCACAUAUAGAGCUCACCUUUAUUGGCUGACACUAACAGCAAUGUUAAUUAAUGCAUAUGUAGUUUCAUUCCACCAUUUCAAAGCUCAGUCCUUUUAGAAUAUAAACAGAUUUUGUGUUUUCCUGACUCAGUGCAGAACACAUGGAGAUUCAACCUCCUGGACUGCUUUAAUGAUCUGGAUAUGAUUGACCACUGCAUGUUACCCAGGGUUCUUUAGCACUUGGAAAUUACAAAUCAAGUGCUUGUUUACAACCAUAAAGGCUACAUAUUGUUUUAAAAUCAGACAGUUAUUAUUUCAAAUUGGAACUUUAAUGUUGUAAGCAGUUUCCUACUGGUUGUAUUUUAUGGCUGCUUUUCUAUCAGAAAAAUUGUGUGAGCCCUUGGUAAAUGUUGUCCUAUUUCUUUUAGUGAUGUUGAGAAUGACCAGAGACACAUGCACUGCUCAGCAGACGUUAUUUAAAUGCAUAAGCGUCUUAGCAUUUUGUUCAUCAGUCUUGUCUAGGGCAGUGGUGUGUUUCUUCAUUGGCAAAGAAGGCUUCAUCUUUAAACUUGUUCAGGGGAUGUUUUUCCAGAUCUUUGAAUUGAAUGACAGUUAUAUGAGCAUCCAAGGUAUUUUUUUAAGAAUCUUCCAUCAGGAACAGCCUUAAUAAUUUACCAAUAGGUGCCAUAACCUAAAGAUGAUAAAUAUCUUUAUUGAGGAAUUGAAAAAGAAACCCUUAAUAUCAAUGUUAAUAAAGCUAAUAUCGGAGCUCAAAAAAAUGAUUUGAAACCUUCUCUGUCGUUGUUCAUGGGGAAAAAAAUAGAUUUGAUUUUAAAAGAGUGAUCAGUUAAAUGUUGUUUAUGAGGGAAGCUCAUGGCAUUAAGAGUGGGACUAUUAAGAGAAUUUGGGGUGCUGGUCAGGGGGUUGUGGCAGAUGAAAGUGCUCUUAAAGCACUGCAGAGCAGAGAUCUACCCCAACCCCCAGAAUUCUCACAGCAGCACAUUCCCAACACAACCAAGCACAGAUGCUGCAAAACUGCGAAUCCUCUCAUCACCACAUCUUACAGGUUACCCGAGUCAGUCAUCUCCCGCACAUCAUCUGGUCUGCUCCAGGAAAGGAAGGGCAAGUUACUCCACCUUUUCAGGAAGCUCAGCAAAAGCUGGUACGACAGGCAGCUUCUUGCAGCUGAAAUUCAUUUAAGCCUGAAAUGUUUUUGUGUCCUCCUUGUCUUGGAUGCUUUGUGUUUCCGAUGGCAGGGAACUGUUGGUCAUGACAUCUGCUCCCAUUAAGCCCUUGCGGUACCUGUGGUGCUUCAGGAAAGGCCGGCUGUGGAGAAGCAGUGUGUGUCCCAGCACUGCCAGGCACAGGCAAGAUAGGAUGGAACUGAAGUGAAGUUGCUGGUCCUGCUCCUUACCGAACUGGAAAUCUAAACCGGGUAACUGACCAAAUGCUGAUGAGGAGAUGUUAGAGUUGAAGCAAUGGAAGUCGCUUUUGAAGAGUUUGUCCAUCUAAGAUGAAAACCAUGUUUCACUUAUGGGCCUCAGGGCAGUAAUAUAAAAUGCAUCAGAGUUUUGGUGAAUUGUGGUUCUGCACUUUCAACCAGUUUAUCAGCUUCAUCUUAUGUAUUUUAUAUUGUAUGUAUCUUAUGCUAAACGAAUGGUGUAAUGUAAAGCAACAGCUUCUGAAAAGCCUUCUCAAAGCUGAAUGAGAGUACACACAGUUGGGGGUAACUGUGACAAUGUGCCAAAGGCUUCAGUGCCUCGUGACUUGCUAAUGAGUUUCAGAGCACUGUGCAGUGGUCUUUUACGUCCUCUGGAAACCUGCUUAUAUGCUUAUAGCAGUCUCUUUAGAAGCUGUUUUUGAGAGAGUGGUACAGUAUGUUUGCAAAUAACAGUAUAGAUAGAAUCCACAACAAAAUCACUUGAAUACGCGCUGUAUUGUGUUAUAGGAUUUGCAAAAAGAAUGGAGCGAAAUAACAGGAAAGUCCAAGAUUUUAACUGUUUAGUCUGUGCUGGUUAUAGCGUUUUUCUGUCCUGUAAAAAUCCUCGAAAUUUCUAUUGCUCUCAAGUCACGUUUUUCUUCCCUAAUCAUGCUGGUUAAACUGCUGGCAUGACUCUGUGACCACGGUCAGAAGAUACUGUGCUCUUUUUUUUAGAUGGGUGGCUCCUGUGAAUGCUUGUGAGCAUGUCCCCACAUGGUUUGGUUUGUGUUCCUAGUUCCUAAAAUGUACAGAAACCUACAUAAGCUGUGCAAAUUGAGGAUGGUUUUAAGACUUUGAUUAGAACAAGCAAAAGACAUGAUGCAUAGAAUAAUUGCUGUUGGUGUAUUGCUGAUUUCUAAGUAGAUGCACAAGUAAAACCUGGAGAAAAAGUAGAACAUAAUACUAAGAAAGCAAAAGUUUUACAUGAUGUUUAAUUUAAGCAGUUGUCCAGCAUAAAAAUAUGGAACUUGAGUGCAAUCCUCCCUUGAUGAUGUGUCAGUCAAGAUGAUAGAAAUGCCAUGAACAUUUCACUGGCCCUAAUGAUUGGUUCCCCCCAAAAUCAUACUCUUCAGGCAGCUGUAGUGGUACACAAGUGUGAGAUACCCCCUUCUCCAUAUACAAGGUACUCCUGGUCAGGCUUGGCCUGUGCUCAUCUCACACCCAUCCUCCACUGUCCUCAUGAGCAGCUACAAGAUGACUUACUGCAUUUGUGGGGGUAUCUGAAUACUUUUGUCAAGAGAUUGCAUAGUUUCAGAGUUGUUUUGGUGAUCAUCUUCUUGAUUUUAAGCCAAGACAUCUGAAACUGAUUUUACAUUAUUAACGAUUUCUUACUCAUGCGUUUGUGCAAAGAAUAUGCUAUUAAUAAGAAACAAGAUUAAUGUUCUUUUUUGAGACUGUAAAAUAUUUUUUUUUAAUUGAGCUUUAUUGCCAUUGGUUCAUAGUCCUCAAACCACUUGCUUGUUCUCAUAUUAAUUCUGUUUGGUAUGGUUCUGAAAAAUUAAACACAGCAGUAUAGCAGUUAAUUAUAGGAAUAGUCGACCAUGUGGGCAAAGAAGAGAGGAACAAAACUUCUAAUGGGAGGUCCUCUGUCUUCAGGGUUUAUUCGUGUGAAGUAGCUACAGUUUCCUGAUCUGUCCUCUUGGUUCCAGCAUCCCAGGUGCUGAUGUCAUGGGCCAUUGGGACCUGCACGCUCAGAGCUGAAUCCCACUUUCGGGAGACAGUUUAAAAAUAAAUAGGAUGGUUAAGUCUGUUACAUUAACUGGAUCUAAUAUUGCUGUUUAAGGUGUUCGACACAAUGUGUUGCAUCUUAUAUUAUUUGAUUAGUAAUUAGUAUCCCAUGCUUUAAAUGUUUUUCUACAGUUCUGUCACAGGUUUUACUCCAAUUCAUCCUUUCCUGGGCAUUCUGUCCAGUUGUCUCAUUAGAACAUAUAAUGUACUUUUGCCACUCCUUCAUUUAAUGUGCUCCACUGGCUUGUAUUUUAAAAAAAGGAUGAAAAUGUUAAAGCUUAAUUACAUUUUGAUUGAUUAUAAAAAGGAGGUUUAUUGGCAGCAUUACAUUUGUCAACAAUAAUAACAUUAGAUAUACCUGUUACAAAAUGUGGAGAAAUUUUUUUUAUCCUUUAUUAAUUUUAUUCUGGAAAAGUUCUUCAUUUCCUUGGUACAAAUGCAAAUAUUGAUGAAUUUUAAACAUCCAAAGAGAAACCCAUCAGUCUGCAGAAGUCAUCCGUGUGUGAUGACUUGAAGAUCUAAACCAAUCACAUUCAGUUUCUGAGGUGUUUUUCAUAGGUGUUUUUCAUUCAAGGAGCAAUCAUGAAAUUGUUCUGUAGAUUUCAUUCACUUGAUAUUGAACAAAUUGUAAUGAGAGCUACACCUGCCUCAGUUUGCACUGUUUUCAAGCUUUUUUACUGUGAUCCAUAUAAAUAUUAUAGCAUGAGUAUAAAAUAUGAAUAUGACUGGAAAGUAUUGGUUAUAAGAAAGUAGACCCUGGUACUGAUCUGUUUAAUGUCUUAUGUGUGUGUAUUACAUAACAAACUGGCAUGUACAAUAAUGGAACAAUAACUGAACCCUGAACAGGGAAAGAAUGAAAGGAAAACUAUUCUUUGGCUUACAUAAGAGAAAAUCCAUUUGAAAAGUUAAUAUUUGAUCAUGAUUGUAUUCCUCAUUAGCUGACCCACAGUGACAUAAAUUGCCACAUUCUGGGCAUGCUUGGCUUAUGAUGGAGAAACUGGUUGCCAUUUUCAAAAUUAGCCCCAAUUCAAAGGAGAUGGGGAAAAAGACAACUUGGAGAAUCUCAUGUGAUGAUAAAGAGUUGCAUCUCGGAAAACGAAUGGAUUGUGUAGAGUUUUCCUUUCAUUUCCUGUCCUAAAAGGGCUUCAGCAGUACUACCAGACUACCAGUAGUCUCCAGGAUUGUGGCUGCCGUUGUGUCUGUGUACGUUGCUGAUUUUUACAUUUUGGUCUGUGUAGGAAGAGUGAGAGGGUGGUGGAAGGGGCUCUUGUGAAGCUGAGGCAGAGCAUCAGCAGUGUGGGGUGUCUUAGCUAAUGGGUCCCAAUGUGGAUCAGCCUGUGCUCGGAGCUUGUAUUCACAUCACCACCCUUUGGCCCACAGGUAGCUGUUGUACAAUGGUGUUUAGUUUCAAAGGGGCAUAAAGGCAACUUUUUAAAACUGUUACUUUUUGUCUACGGAUAGUUGUUGGUAACAUCUGUAAAUUCUUCUUUAUUUUGCAUGGACAUUUACUAUUGACAUAAGAAGAGCUGUGACCUGAUGAGUAGUGUUGGAAGUGUUUGCAAUUGCUCCCUAGGAAGAGCAUCCUGAGCAGUUCUCUUAGCUUCGUUAGACAGUUAUAUGUGAAGUGUUUGUCAGACUUGUAUAUUUGAAUUGCAGUGGACAGUGUAUUUGGUAUAUUCAUAUUUUUGAGUUGUACCUCUAUAUCCCUCUACAUAUUGAUAAUUCCAAUAUAUCUAUAUGGAGCAGAGGCCUGGGAUCACUUCUGUAAUAUGGCAUCUUAGAUCCUGGGUUUGGAGCCCAGAACCUUUCAUUUCAGAAACAUUCUACUUUUAUAUCCUCCCAUCAGUGAGCAUUCAGGGUAUGGAGCAAGCUGAACGUUUACAGGAAAAAAUCCACCUUUUCACCAACCUAACGUCUGGUGUUUUAAUCAAGGAACUGUUUAUAGUGUUCCACAUGCUGUUACACAAUUUUCUAUCCUGUUGAAUCAGGUCUUACCGAUCCAGUAUUUACUUAACUUGUUUGUAAACCAGGAAUGUAGAAAGAAAAGGAUGAUUUUCAUUAGAUUGAAUUUUUCUUUCUAACAAAACUAGAUAUGAUAGACAGCCCUGCACAGGAAAGGUUAGUUCAUUCUUUGCCUUUAUGCCCCAGAUUUCUGUGAGAGCAUUUUACUCGCCGUUUAGUUUUCUAUUCUGGACAUGGAGUACUUAAUAUUUCAAAAGGGCUGUGACAGUGUUCUUCCAUUACCGCUGUCUGUACUAGAGUCUAACAGAGCAAAACUGUGCUGUAGUGUCUCUCAGUAGCUCUGCAUACAGUCCUAUGAUUAUUUUAAGAGGCUGCUCUGAUGAUUUCCAAGUGUUUUUAAAUGUGAUAAGUAAUCUGCAUUAUAUGACGUUGUGAGGGCUGAUGUAGGUCACCUUUUUUGUAUUUAAAUGGCAAAAAAUGUUGUACAUGUCUGAUGCGUUUACUGUUGGGCUUUUACCCCAAUAGUAGUGUUUCAUAAAGAAAUUCUUAGCCACUUUUAGACAUUUAAAAAGUUGAAUACAAUUGAAGUAAAUGAUUAUUUGAUUGUUGAGUUGCUAUUUAGAAUGGCAGUGCCUGGGGUGAUUAACACUUAAAGUGCAGCUUUGUGAAUUGGUAUGGAGUUAUCAGCACUCUGACCAAAGAGCUAAAGCUGAUGUGGGAGAGGAAGAGGUCAUAGUUGUGUCCAUAAUUGACUACAAUUAAAAUUAUUUGAGAAACCUGUAGCUAUUACUCAGUUUCUUUCCAGUUGGUUGCUUCUAACAUAUUCCAUUAGGUAAGAAAAUGCAAACUAAUCAAAGGAGCAUUUCAUCGGCCAUUACUGGAUGAAUAAAGUAACAGAGAACAAUGUGAAACUGGCUGAAAUCUGAUUGGGCAGCUGUAAAAGGAGAACAGAACAGCUCAAACUGACUAUUCAGAGGCCUUAGCUCAUUGCAGAAUGACAACGCCUUCGAUAGUCAUGUCGCUUGUAUUGCACAUGUUACUUGAUCACUUUUUCUGACUACCUGUAUGUCAAACGGUCAGCAACACUGCAUUCCGUUGCUGAGAUUUGUCCUGAAUACAGCCAGCUUCCAGCUGUGGGGUGGGGGACAGGAGUGGCUUGUUAGAGUGGCACAGAGAGCCCAUUUUCCUUGCUGUUAUGUAUGAAAGAGUUUGAUGUUGAAAUUCAUCUCGGCUGAAGUAACAAUGGCAAAUGGUGUUGGCGCUUUUUUAUAAUGACUUGGUUUGUCUUCCCAAAUAUUUUAAUACUGUUGAAGUGAGAUCGAAAGUACUGCUGCACAAAGCUAAGAGACCGUGGCAACUGCCCAUCUUUCUUUUUUUUUGCACUCAUGUUAAAAAUGACUCGUAAACUGGGUCUUUAUAAUUUCAGUUAAUCCACUACUUAUUGAGAAUUCACUCAUUUGAAUUUAGCUGAGAACCAUCAAGGAGUGAAUGCCAAGGCUUGUUUUUUGGUGCAUUUUAUAGUUUUGUUGAUUCUUGGUCUUUAAUGUCAUAUUAAUCAACCUUAAGUAUUCAUCUUACUCCUGUUUCAUUUAAUUUCUAGUUGGGUGUUAUUUUACUGUACAGCACUGUGUAGUUACAUUUCUGGUUGAUUAAGGCCCUUCUUAAUCCUCAUAAGAUCGAAAGCUUACCUGUUUAUUCAGUGUGAAUUUAACCGAGACCCUGAGACCCCUUACAAAGAAGGCUCAUUCAUCACACUUUAAACCCCCCACCAAAAACAGGAAGUAUUUGUUUAUUCAUUGAGGUUAAUUUGGAGAAACUGGGGCAGCUGUACUAAACGAUAGAACUACACUGAACAGUCUGGAAAAUCCUGUGUUCAGAUCCCUAACUCAAAUGUGACAUUACCCCAAUUUUAGGAGCAGCCUUAACUAGCUAAACAAGUUGUUCCAGCAGUGUGUAACAUGUCAAUACAACUGCAUUGCUCUCAAAACGCAUUCGCCUUUUUCAUUCAGCCUUGCACUCUCUCUCCCCAAAUUCAGGUUAAAAUGGCAGUUUUAUCUGGCAGCUUCAUUUGAAGAGAAAACAAGAGAAUGUCCCUUUCAGCCCCUGCGGCUUGUUUGAUCAAAAGUGGGCAGCUGGCUGAUUUGGAAAGAAUAAAUAUUUAAUCUGCCUAUUGAUCCUCUACUUAGCUCCAGCUAGGCCAGCUUUCAGUGGGCAAGGAUUUUGUUGCUCUUUAUGUUGCUGGUCUUGUGUGCAAUACAGGGCCUUAGUCUCCAGUCUUGGCUGACUCGUGCUAUGUGCUCGGUGUGCCUGUGAUCUGUCUGCCUUACCUCCUUGUGCUCCCUGUGAUGAUCCCCGCGCUGAGGGGCUUCUGUUUGACCUGCCUUCAAUUCUGGGUCUUGUCCUGUGCCUAUCUGCUAUGUACCUGCCUUGAAAGUCAAGAAAAAAGCCUUUUUUGUUUCUUUGUUGCAUGAUUACAAUAUUACUUUUUGAUGUUCCCUCCUCACAUUUAUCCUGUUACGUUAUCAGUUCCUCUUGGCCUCUGUGGAUUGAUCUGUGGCCUGAUUUUGUUCUUGCUAGAAGCCCUUUGCCUUUUGCAAGUACCCUGUUGCCUUUGUUUCCCCUCUGUGUUUUUGUCAUGGAUGCUCGAAACACAUUUUUCUGAUGGUCUAAACUCAGCAAAGUGUGAGCUGGGAUCAUUGUUGUGGUCUUGGAUCCCAUUUGGAUGUGAGGGUGCUCAUUCUCUGUUUUACUAAUGUGCAUGCAGCAAGAAAUGGUCUUUAAUGGAGAUAUUUAAACUUCAACAUUGAAUAUUGGUUAGCAUCACGUAAGCUACAAGCGAUUGCAGCAGUAUUUAAAUAGUAUGCAUACUGUAUAUACAGGAUGCCCCACAUCAGGAACAAAAAGGUUUUGCAUUCAGGA